AUGUCACAGGCUACAAAGCGCAAACAUGUGGUCAAAGAGGUUCUGGGAGACUUCGUAACGCCGACCGAGAAUCAACAAAUUGUAAAGGUCAUUGGAAGUCGAGGCAAUAAUCUGCAUGAAAUAGUCACUGCGGAUGGAGACGGCUUCCUCGUGAGCAUGCCCACCAAGUUCCGCAAGAACAUCUGGAUCAAGAGAGGCGACUUUGUGAUCGUGGACCCAAUUGAAGAAGGAGAAAAAGUGAAAGCCGAGAUCAGCUUCAUUUUGUACAAAGACCACAUCCAGGAUCUGCAGAAGCAACAGCUCUGGCCCGAGGCGUUCACUGACCAGGUCACGACUCAGGACAAAACCUCGACGGAGCCCAAGAAGACGGACCCGGAGAGAAACACUGCUGCUGCUGAGGAGGACGAUGAUGAUGAUGGAGAACACAGUGACUCUGAGGACGACGAGAGCGACCUGUUUGUGAACACCAACCGCUGCAAUUAUCACUACAGCGAGAGCGAGGAGAGCAGCGACGAAGACGAGGGGAGGACAGAGGACCGUCCCUGA